CAGCUGUCUGGGUUCGGGUUUUAACGGGCAAAAAGGUUUCUGCGCUUUUCUGACAGUUCUUCAGUCUUAUCUAUGUGUUUCAUGAUAGCGGGGAAUCUGUAAACAUGUGUUUUCUCCGUUGUCUUUCUUCCCUUGUUAGAGCACACAGGGAAUGACAGUGGUGAAGAAUCAACUCGUUUUCGGCACGGUUAUCAUACAGUUUGGGGAAGCAACUCUGCUGCUGUCGGAAGAAUUAAUGCGCUGGUCUUCCAACAUGGCGGCCAGGAGGCGUCGUGUGUUAACUGCGAGCACUCUAUAGUUAAUGUUCUAUGUUUGAGCUGCUUUUGAAAGCUAAAGUCGAAUUGAAAACAUUAUUGACAUUGUUAAAUUCCAUUUUCAUAAUGGUGGUUUGGUUAGAUAAACUAGCGAGUCUGUUUGGUUACCACGGCUCCUACUGUAGCUAUCUAUACAACUUAAACCCAUUUCGAGUGGUAAAUGUGUUAAAUUAUAGUCAUGGUAUGUAAGGGCUAAUCAACCAGGGGCUGCGUCCCAUGACGCAGUAGCGGAGCGACUAUCCGCGGUGUUGAUUUCUUUUCCAUAGAGCCCCGAGUUGAUUAUCCCUUUUUUAGUGUUGGUAUGAAAUGGUCUAUGUCAUUGACAUGGGAUGGAUAUCUUCUCACAUUGAUGAUUCUUUCAUCAUAGAUAAGAAAAGACAGUGGAAUGUCUAAACUAUCAUCAGAUCGACCCGAACGGAAGUGGCAGCUGAGGCGAACAGAGCAAAACGAGAGUUUCUAUUGGACAAAUUCAGGAAGGUCCAUCCCUGUUUCGUAUCCUGAAUGUUAUGCCACAUAAUUGGCGUAAUGAAAACGCCCCUGAAUAGCCAACAGCAGACAUACAGUAGGGGAUUUUUCCAGACCAGACUCGGCAGGGCAGACGUCUCUAAGGGUGUCAUCAGUGUCCGUGAAGGAGGACAACCUUUUAUUCCCCUCAGACAGACAUCUUUAUUCCCUUAUACCUGGUUAAUCUCUUCUGUCAUGGAGACCUAAAGUCCCCCAGGAGGGAUGUUCCAAUCGGGGGGAGAGGGCUGACCCGGCAUGCCCAGGGGGAGUGUGUGUGUGUGUGUGUGUGUGGGGGGGGGGGGGAUGAGCAGGUGAGCAUGCGUUUUUGUUCAUAUUCAUCUUGUUUUACAUUAACACCAAACCCCAUAUCUCGGCCCCAUUACACACAGCCAUGCGCUUAGAGUGGUGUCGGUUGGAGACGGGGAGAGACCAGGGUACAGGGAAGAAACCGUGAGACCAGGGGACAGAGAUGUGUAGGGGAGACCAGGGGAGAGACGGUGAGACCAGGGGAGAGACUGUGAGACCAGGGGACAGAGAUGUGUAAGGGAGAGACAGUGAGACCAGGGGACAGAGGUGUGUAAUACGGAACCCAAAACCGUCUGCGAGCGUGCGCCAUCGUGCAUAAAUGUAUUUUGUCCCCCCACACCAAACGCGAUCACAACACGCAGGUUAAAAUAUUAAAACAAACUCUGAACCAAUUACAUUAAUUUGGGGACAGGUCGAAAAGCAUUAAACAUGUAUGGCAAUUUAGCUACUUAGCUUGCACUUGCUAGGUAAUUUGUCCUAUUUUGCUGGCUUGCUGUUGCUAGCUAAUUUGUCCUGGGAUAUAAACACUGAGUUGUGCAUUUCAGGUAAAAUAAACAAGGUCCUCUACUCCGACAAUUAAUCUGAAUCGUUUCUAGUCAUCUCCUCCUUCCAGGCUUUUUCAUCCUUGAACUUAUAUGGUGAUUGGCAUCUAAACUUUCAUAGUAUUACCACGACGACCGGCAACAAAGUAGCAGGGUACCUGCUUCUAUAAACCAAUGAGGAGAUGGGAGAGGCAGGACUUGCAGUGCGAUCUGCGUCAGAAAUAGGAAUGACUUCUAUUUUAGCCCUUGGCAACGCAUACGCUGGUGAGCAGUGUGGGUGUAAUAUUUGAGUAACAUAGAUAACAUUUUGCAACGCUCGCGCAUGCAAUACGAGCGGUGUAGUCAGGGUAUAAGGGAGACCAGGAGACGGUGAGACCAGGGGACAGAGGUGUGUAAGGGAGACCAGGCAACGGGAGAGACGGUGAAGACCAGGAGAGAGACUGUGACACCAGGGGUGAGACCACGGGACAGGGAGGAAACGGGGCUUUAGUUCAUGAGUGAGGCUCUUGCAGUCUGUGAAACCAGUCUACAGGGAAGAGGUGAAUCGUUGUGGAGUCCAUCAGGAGGGGACAGAGUGGUGUGGCCUACUCUGGUGGUAUCAGACAGACGGUACUUUGUAGCUCCGUUAGUAGAGCUUGGUGCUUGCAACAAUAGUGGGUUCGAUCCCCGGGUGCACCCGUAUAUAAAAUGUAUGCAUGCAUAACUUUAAGUUUCUUCGGAUAAAAGCGUUUGCUAAAUGGCAUUUGUUCUUCUAUCAGACAGACAGCACCAUCUAAUCAUGUUCUGUUUCUCUGUAGCUUUGUAUUCUUAGCAGAAAAGCCUGCUGGGACACGUUAGGCAAAUCACUUUUUUCAGCUCACUUGUUCCAGCGUAUGUGCGUGUGUGCGUGUGUGUGUGUUUAUUCCCCCUGCCCUGGGUUACUCAUCCCUCUCUCCCUGAGGAGAAUGGUCCUUCCUUUUAUCUAAUUCUACAAACUCUAGAACUAUAUUAAGAAUCCAGAACUUAAUCUAAAAACUCGAUCUAGAGGCUAUAUCUAGACUCUAUAAUCUGUAUAUCUAGACUCUAUAAUCCAUAUAUCUAGACUAUCUAAACCAUAUAUAUAGACUCUAUAACCUGUAUAUCUAGCCUGUCUAACCGGUCUGUGAAUGGACACCCUGGUUCAGCUCCAGAACAGCCCGUUCCUCAUGGGUCUCUGCCGGAACGGAGCUCCAGUAGACCUGCAGUAUGACAAUUCUUCAGAACUGUUCCGUAUCUCCACCUUCGCCCGGUUUCCGUCAUUGGGGGUAACGGAGCGCAGUCUGGCGAGGGCAGGGUGGUUCUAUACUGGUGUUGGAGACAGGGUGCAGUGUUUCAGGUGUAACGUGACGGCGGAGGGCUGGCAGACAGGGGACUGUCCAACAGAGAGACACAGACAGCUGUCCUCCUCCUGCUCCUUCAUCCAGACCCUCCCCUCCACAGCCAACCUCCUCUCCUCCUCACACUCGGCCUUCUCUCCUCUACGCAGCGCCCCUGUCAUACCGGUGUCAGGCCCUGGCCCAGCCCCCCUCCCUGUCUCUGCCCCUAACCCUGCCCCCAACCCAGUGCCGGGGGAGGAGCCUGUUGGAUAUUUGAAUAUGGGGUUCUCUGCCCCGCCCCCCUCCAGCCCGCUGAGCUCCAGAGGAGUAGAGGACAUGUCCCACCAGAGACCCCCUACCUGUCACAACCCCAGUAUGAGGAGAGAGCAGGACCGUCUGGACUCCUUCCACUCCUGGAUCCUGUCCAUCAUCACCCCCUCUGAGCUGGCUAAGGCUGGCUUCUAUUACCUGGGACAGGGAGACCGCGUGGCCUGCUUCACCUGUGGAGGACAGCUCAGUAACUGGGAGCCAGGGGACCGGGCCGUAUCAGAGCACCAGAGACAUUACCCCAACUGUCACUUCGUCAGAGGAGACCGGGCCGACAACGUCUCCCUAGCCGGGGUGGUGGGGGGGGUAGCAGGCACCUCUCAGCCCCCCGGGGCAGAAGCCCCAGCCCCCCCGGGCCCCGGCCCCCCAGGUCUAAGCAACGUGUCUAACCCAGCCAUGCAGCAGCGUGAGGAGAGGUUGCUGACCUUCGUCCACUGGCCCUUACGUAUCCCCGUGCGCCCUGACCAGCUGGCCAAGGCAGGGUUCUACUACGUCGGGCGUAAUGAUGACGUGAAGUGUUUCUGCUGUGACGGGGGUCUGAGAUGCUGGGAGUCAGGUGACGACCCCUGGGUGGAGCACGCCAAAUGGUUCCCUAGGUGUGUGUACCUGCUCCAGGAGAAAGGUCAGGAGUUUGUCCAUCAGAUCCAGGCUCGCUUCCCUCGCCUCUUUGAACAGCUCCUAACCAAUGGGGACAGCAGCUCCAGAGAGUUUGUGGACCCCCCGGGUGAGGAGCGCUCGGAGGAUGCCGUGAUGAUGAACACUGCGGUGGUUGUGUCGUCACUAGAGAUGGGGUUUGAGCGUGGCCUGGUGAAGCAGACAGUCCAGAGUAAGAUUCUGACCAGCGGAGAGAACUACAAGACGGUCCAGGAACUGGUCUCAGACCUGCUGAGUGCAGAAGAUCAGAAGAGAGAGGAGGAGAGAGAGAUGCUGGCCGAGGAGAUGGCUUCUGACGGUCAUUCAUUCUUAAAGAGACACCAGGCAGCGUUGGUCCAGCGCCUGAAGAGUGUUGAGUCUGUCCUGGAGCACCUCCGAGAGCAGAACGUCAUCAGUGGAGAGGAAUACAGUGGUCUCCAGGGCCAGUCCUCCCAGCAGCAGACAGCCAAACUGAUAGACUUGGUCUUGACUAAAGGGAACGCAGCAGCUGAGGUCUUCAGGAACUGGAUCCAGAAGAACGAUGUCUACCUGCUCAGAGACCUCAUGGCCCAGGCAAAUGAAGCCGCAUCACCGAGUCAAGAUCUCUCAGACCUGCCGAUGGAGGAGCAGCUACGGCGCCUGCAGGAGGAGCGGACCUGUAAGGUGUGUAUGGACAAGGAGGUGAACAUUGUCUUCAUCCCGUGUGGUCACCUGGUGGUCUGUAAGGAGUGUGCUCCCUCUCUGAGGAAAUGUCCCAUCUGCAGAGGACUGGUCAAGGGCACCGUCCGAACAUUCCUCUCCUAGAAGACCUCCAGGAACCAGGGCCCCUCCCAGCACUGUCAAACUUCUUUGACCUAGUCUCCUAUCUACUCCUAGAGAAUAGCUACCAACAGUCUAUUCUAAGCGUGUCAUUCUCUAUUCCUGGAUGGCUGUGUUUGCUGGUUUUUCUGAUCUCCUUUCAUUUCGUGUCCAAUGAAUUCCUAGAGAACCAGGUGAGGGGAGUUCCUAUUUAAUCAAUAAAGACCUAGACAGUCAGGUGAGGGGAAUUGCUAACUAAUCAAUAAAGACCUAGACAGUCAGGUGAGGGGAGUUGCUAACUAAUCAAUAAAGACCUAGACAGUCAGGUGAGGGGCGGUACUAUUUAAUCAAUAAAGACCUAGACAACCAGGUGAGGGGAGUUCCUGACUAAUCAAUAAAGACCAAGACAACCUGGUGAGGGUAGUUGCUAACUAAUCAAUAAAGACCUAGACAGUCAGGUGAGGGGCUGUACUAUUUAAUCAAUAAAGACCUAGACAACCAGGUGAGGGGAUUUCCUAACUAAUCAGUGACCUUUAUUGAUCAAUCAAGUACAAGAGAGUAGUGAAAACCCGCAGACACUCGACCCUCGAGGACUGGAGUUUGACACUAUCCCAUAAGCAACGACUCUACAAUCUCACUGUCUCUAUUCAUAUCGGAAUGUAGCCUGUUAAACCUACCUGCUUAACCAUUAACUAAUAUGUUCCUGUGUAGAUAUACACAUUACAGAACUCUGUAGGAAUGCAUGAGGUUAUAUAAAGGCAUAACUAUAAUUGUCCAUCUAUGUAAUCAGUCCAUUGAUAGAGCAUACAACUACUUCCUGUAGUUGUAGUUUCAACUGGACAGAUGAUGUGUAGUAACCAGUGAAGGCCCCUACAUCCUGAAUAGCACCCUAUUCCCUAUUUUGGGCACAUUGGGAACUGGUUAAAAGUAGUGCACUAUAUAGCAAAUAAGAUGCCAUUUGGAACGCAGGGCAGCCAGUCAAGGCCCUCGCAUGUAAAGGCUAGGUUGACUAUUCUGCUGUUGAAUGUCUCGUAAAGGCUAGGUUGACUAUUCUGCUGUUGAAUGUCUCAAAUAAAUGCUAGGUUGACUAUUCUGCUGUU